UAAUGUCAGUGUGAAAACAGUAUCGAUGACGAUGUGUUGUGUUUGAGACCAUACACAUAAUGAAAUACGCGCGAUUAUAAUAUUAAAAUUAAGAAUUUGUGUAUUUCUCUUGAUAUCUUCUGGACAUUUUUUUUUUCGUAUAAACAAAAAAAAGAGAGAAUAAAUUGUAUUAAAAAAGCCCCUCGUCUAUUUGUCAAAUAGAACGAAAGGGAAACCUUCGAACCGAAAAUCAAUCAAGUUUGCAUUGAAUGUGUAUUAAAAUUGAAGUGAAUACCAAAAUCAAGUGCGUGUAGAGUGUUUGGUUCUUUUUUUUUUGUUUUAUAAAUAUAUCUAUAUACAUACGGACGUUUUAUCUGCGGUGAAAUUUAAUCGGGACGCAUGGAGAUAUACAAUAUCGAUCGAUUCCUGUGAAGAAGCACCCAAUUAAAAACAAUCGACCACAUUCACUCGUUGAAUAAAAUACGGAAAAGAAGAAAGAAUUUGCAACUUCGUUUGGCAUUUGAUGAAUAAUAUACUUGAAUAUUUUAUGAUCUCCCACGCAAAAUCGACUUAAUAAAUUUAAUAAGAAGAAUAAAGAACACUAUAAAUCUGACACCAUCAAAUGACGACAGCAGAAUCAACAGCAACUACACGUUUGAAUAAUUAAUGAGAUUUUGCUGGACAGAACAAAAGAAACCUGUGUGUGUACGCGUAUGUUGUUUUUUUUUAUUUUCAAGUCCGUCAAUCAGUGAAAGCGAACGAGAAACAGUGUGUGAAAGAGCGUGAAUAUGUGUAAAUUUAAGCGUUGAACAGUUUUCCGAUUCACUCUUAAAGUACAUAAUAUAAGUGUUCAUCUUCAAAUGGAAAAAUAGUGUUAUCUUUCAUUUCUUUGGAUCCGAGAGAUCGUAAGCGAAUGUGAUUGCUAUACGCUAAAUGGAUUCGUCUGUGGGUAAUUCGAAUUUUCAAAAUGGUAUAAGUACAUAUGAAGAGGACCGAAUGAAUGCUGGUCAUAUUCCGUUAUCGGAUGUGCAACAACGACAAAGGCAAUGUGAGCAAUUCAGCUCAAGUGAUAGUGCUGAUGAUUUGCAGGAAAUAAAUUGGAAUACAACCAGUGCUGCCAACGCUGUCACAACAACAACAACGACUGCGGCCGAAUUGCCUUUAUCAAAACCAAAACCAGAGUCUCAGGAGAUUGACGAACGUGAUCGUUACUCGCCAUUACGUUAUCCAUUAAGUUUACCCCUUCAAUCGCUUAAUGAUGAUUUUAAUUCGGUAAUUGUGGGGGACAGUGAAUCAAUUGCACUAGUGCCAGCAGCACGACGAUCAUUUGACAGCAGUCGUGUUUCAUCAAAAGAAGAAAAACAACGACAAAACGAAGAAAAGAAAACACCGGCAUCAACAUCAAAUACCGAUGCAGCGUUGAGCGCAUUUGGUGGCAUUGAUUCGUCAUCGGUGUCCUCGGAAACGGUUGGCAGUUGGGAAUCAAUUUAUCCACCAUCAAGAAAAUCAAAAACAAUGGCCUACACCGAUAAACCGGUAACUGAACCGCAAAAACCACAUGCUGGCGGCGGAGGUGAAAUAAAUUGUUUCAUUGAUGCAUCGACUCUGUUGGACGAUGGUGAAAUGUCGUACACAACAAACAUGGCAUACGAAUCGAAUCUAUCGCAUGCAACCACAAGUCGACAUGAGUCAAAUAGUAGUGGUGGCAACGGUAGUGGUGGUACACAAAUAAAAACUUCAACAACAUAUGGUAGUAAACAUAAUAGUUUUGAAACGAAUGACGAUCACAUUGAUAUUAAUACUCAACACAACACCUACGGUGAUAAUAUUGAAUUGAAUAAAAGCAAAGAGAAUUUAAAUGAAGAGGAAUUUGAUCGUGACGAAGCCGAAGCAUUAGUGAUAAAUUUAUCGGAUGAACAAAAAUUGAGCACACAAAAGUCAUUCGAAACGAUGCAUCUUCGGCCCGACAUCAAAGAUCAAUAUUCAACGGAUUGUGUAUCGACAAAUGGACCAAAACCAGUUUCAUUGAAUAUGUUAAAUGAGUAUGGAUCGCGCGGUGAGAGUGCAAAAAUUGGCAGCAGCGGAUGUGGUGGUGGUGACACACGCCAGGAAAAUGAGCGUAAACAAGGACAUUUUCUAUUUUCAAAUUCCAUACAACAGUUUUCCGGUCAUGCGAUGAGUCCAAAAAUACCAUAUUUAGAAGAAAACCAAAGUGAUUUUUCACUACCAAGCAUUUAUUCCGGUGGCAGUGAUUGUGCCAGCACUUUUGAUACAAGUUCGCAUAUAAGUAGUGAUCGUGAUUCGCACGAUUUUGGCGAAUUGACAAUUUUUUCAAUAGGAAAUUCAUCAUCGAAAGGUGAUUCCGUUAUCUAUCCCGAUACGCCACAUAAUUCAAUUUUACAAGUGAAUUUAUCACGAAAUAGUUUGGGCCCUAGUGAUUCGGCCAUUGCAUCAUUAUCAUCAUCGGAAAGUAAUGCAAUUUCAAUACCACAACGACGAUCGCAUGAUGAUACGGUGCCAAUAGUAUCGGGCGGUGCAUCGGUAAAAGAUUUUACACCAAAACAAUGUGAAAGCCCAUCAAUGCAACGCAAAACCGAAAAUUGUCCAAUAAUCUCGGUGGGAAUGUCGGCAUUGGACUUUGAAACCAAGCCAAAGCCAAGAGAACGAAUCAGUAGUUUGGCUAUGAAUUCAUGGGUAGUCGAUAUGAGCGAUUGUGGUAAAAAGAAUCGCCGACGGGGCAGUGAAAGUUCAUCGUUGAGCAUUGAUUCAAAACCAGAUCGAAGUAGUUCGAAUAGUUCAACAAAGGGAUUUGGUUAUUAUGUGUCAUUGAAUGAUAUGAAGCCGGCCUAUUCAGGCGACGAGCAUUUAUCAAAAUCGUUAAAUUAUCAUUCGUCGAGUUCAUCGUGUGCAUCGGCCGAACCACGUAAAAAAUCCACCGGAUUUUUUGUUGAUUUCUCAAAUAAUGGUUCACACGCAACGAAUACACCGCCACCAUCAAGUAACGAUAUGUCAGAACAAGUACAAAAAAGUGAAGAUAAAAAGAAUAUUUUUUCAAUGUUUAUCGAUUUCGGUAAUGAUGAUAUGUCACAACAACAACGCGGCACACCAAGACAACAUGACUCAAAUGCAAAACCAAUUUAUAACAAUAAUGUAAAAGGAAAUGAUACAAACUCAACCGAAUCACCGGUUUUAAGUCGACGAAAUCAAUCGUAUGCCAGCCAACAAUCAUCAGCGGACAGUGAAAAUAAACGACAUUCAUGGAAUGCAUCAAAAGAAUCACCACAUCUAUCACAUGUACGUGAACACAAACGAUCCGUUAGCACAUCGUCUGAUAAAGGUAUCAUGAAUAUUUUGGAUAAAAUCCCAUUGAUAUCGAAAACAUCAAGCAUGUCGAUUGAUACACCGAAUUCACCGCACGAUGACAUCACAUCGAAAUCACUUAGUAGCUAUUCAAAUAAUUCAUUAACAUCGCUAUCAGUGCAAUCGAGUGGCAGCAAAUUUAUGGAACAAGAUGAAAAAGUAACGGGAAGACGUCAUCAAAAAGAUGCCCGUAUCAAUGAAACAUUUGAUAAAAGCAGUCAAGGUUCAUUAACGGACGAUAUCUUGUCGAAAAAUUCAUCGCCCGCUUCGCAUACGGACACAGACGAUGCGACAUUUCAUAAUGAUAAUGAUAAUGACGAUACGUUGCACGGUGAUAUUUCUGGAUCGCAUGUGAUGAUGGAAACGAUUCCAGAAACCAAAGAAGCAGUCGUUUUACGUCGACCACAAAAUUUAAAUUCAACAAACAAUAAUAAUAAUAACAAUAACAAUAAACUUGAACGCCAUACAAUGGAAACACUACACGCUACAAUUGAAAAACAAAAACAACUUUUGAACACCGUCUCCGAAGAGGUUUCAUCAUUUGUUAAACUUUCGGACAUGGAUAAACCGGCACCAAAAUUCGAAUUACAUAAUUCAGAAAGUCGACCGAAGUCGGUCGGUUCCAGAAUUGGAAAAUUGUUUGAUAAUCGAGCUGGCAACCGUAACACAUGGCAUCACAUGUCCAAAUCUGCAGGAAACAACCUUACAAAUCUUGCUUCUUCGGCCGAAAACUUUAAAAGUUUAACCCGAAUUUUUCCGCAUUUGGGCAAAGAUUUAAGCAACAGCCUACCAACCACUUUCGAUCAGUCUACAUCAAAUACAAGCCCCAAUGAGUACACGAUGGAUAUGUUUCAAUCGGAUUUUUCUACAUCAAGCGCAACAUCGAGUUUCAGUCGAUCUGGAAUUGAUUCGGCUGAUGAGUUUAGCCUAUCGGCGGCUCAACCACGGCGGCUUGGUGAAGAUUUGCUUAAAAUGUUCCUGCAAGAGAUUGCCACCGAUGUGGUAAUCGAAGUGAAUGGACGUCGAAUGCGAGCGCAUAAAUGUAUUUUGCGUUCGCGUUGUCAGUAUUUUGCCGCAAUUUUGGCUGGCGGUUGGGUUGAAAGUGCUGGCAAUGUGAUCUCAUUAUCGGGUUAUUCGUUUGGUGCUGUACAUUUUGCAUUGUGCCACAUUUAUUCGGGUGCCGCACAUCCACCGGACGGUAUUAGUUUAAUGGAAUUGGCUGCCCUUGCCGACCUACUUGGUUUGGAGGGUUUGAAAGAGGUGGCCGCACAUUCAUUAAAAACAAACUAUUGUCACAGUUUCCAUAAGCCAUGCAGCGGUUGCAUUGAUGGUGUAAUGCAAGUAUUUCCAGUUGCAUUGAAUCAAGGUUUAGAUGAUUUGUAUCGCAAAUGUUUGCGAUGGGCAUGUAAACAUUAUAUGAAAGUUUGGCCAUCGCGUGCAUUUUCUCAGCUUCCAUCGGAAUUGGUGACACGAUGCAAACAACACAUCAUUGCGCAUAUGACAUCCGAAUCGGUUAUUUAUACAUUGUUGGACUGUGAUCAUUUGCUCGCGUUGCUUGCACCAUGCCGUUGGGCUAGCGGUGUUGAGGCAAAUGCUCGCGAUAUUAUUGAAGCGGGACAUGUAUAUGUGACCGAUCAUUACGCCAGUUUAAUUGCAAGCGAUGGUUUCUUAUCGCUGGGUCAAGGUCAAAGUUGGAACAUUUCGCGUUUGGAAAAUAUGUUAUUGCGCGCUGGUUCAUCGCUAACACCCGAUCAAGCAUGUCGCAGUUAUCAGCGAAUUACGCGUUUGGACUCUGUUCUGAAAGCAAAAGUAAACAAAUUACACACAUCACGCAUUGACAAAAGCAUUUUUAUGUCGGACUAUGAAAAUGAAAUGGACGGUGAAGAUGAAGAAGAACUUGAUUGGAAUCCGGACUUUAUACGAUUGGUCACAGAAAUGUUGGUUGCUGUUGAACAGUGCAUUGUGCGACAAUGUUCACGAGCCAUGAAAUGCAAUCAAUGGCCACGAAUGGACGCUGAACUCCAAAAGAAAGUACAAAAACUAGCAUGCCUAACCGAACCAAUUGAACGACGCAUCAAUUUACGACCAAAGUCUAUUUCGAAUGCGAGCAGCGUGCCAAAUAAUCGAGCCCAUGAUUUGUAUCAAGUCAAAAUGGCCAUUCAAGCCCAUACCAAGCGUUCACAAGAGGGUCAUACAUCAAUCAGGAGUGCACAUGUGCAACAGCAAGCUGUAAAGGAAGCCAAAACUGUCAGUGGUCCCGGCAAAGUAACAAAAUCAACGUCUCGUGCCCAAGUUCCAGAUCUCAUUUCAACGAUAAAACAACCAAAAUCGAAUGUACAAUCAAAAUCGGAAUCAAAAACAUCGAUAACCGCAUACCGUCGAUCGGCAUCCGAGUCGAGUAAUCGCCGUAUUCCACUUGAAAAAUCGAGCAGUUCGGUUGAUGCCAAUGCACGUAAAAGUAAUUAUCAUGAUGUUAAAUCACGGUAUAUGGAACCGCCAAAACGUCAAGCAAACAAUAAAGAAACACUUAAAGUGCGUGCACGAUCGUCAAGCGGAAGUUCAAGAACAUCGAGUCCAAUGAUAUCGUCGCUAAUCAAAGACGGAAAUGUCAAUCAAACAAAUAAUAAGAAAAUGAGUGAUUCAACAACAAUGUCACGAGAUAGCUUGGCAUCGCCAGCAAAGAGAAGUGAUAAGUUGCAUUCGAAUCGUGGCAAUGCAUCACAGCAACAACAACAACAACAGCAACACCACCACCAAAUUGAUCAUGAACGCUUAUCGGCUGAUUCAUUGGGGGGCUCGCUUCAUAGUUCGGUCAUUACAAAUAAAACAAUAUCACAAGAGUCACUGGUUAAAAUUGAUUCACGUGGACGACCGCCACCGCUUCCCGACACCACUCGAUCAAACAAUAUCGAAAAUAUUAAAUCAAAUCAAUUGCAUGCAAAGAAUGCGACCGGUGUUGUUGGUAAAAAUGCUCAGCUAAAAGUAUGCAGUGCAUUAAUUUCACAAACAUCAUCGACCGUUAAUUCAUCAACGCCAUCGUCGAUGACCGUUAAAACCUAUUUGUCAAGCAGUAAUUCGAUAAAUUCACCGCGUGAUGCAGUUAUAAAUCGUUUAACAACGCCAGCCAAUCAAAUCCCAUUGAAACGAAGCGUUGAACCAAAACCACCCGUUAAAAGUUUUUUAAGUGCACGUUCACGCCAAAUUUUAGCGCAAAAAAAAUCACUCUCACAUUCCGAUAGUGCAAAAUCGGUGCCGGCGGUUAUAAAAGAGACAACCAGUCUACCGAAUGCCGUUAAUAAAUCCAGUUCAACUUCGAAUAUUUUAAAUCAAAAAACAAAAAACUUCCCAACCACAUUGCAUCUAAGACGAUCGGCCAAAUUGAGUACCGCUCAACAACCACCGCUAUCACUUCCGCCAGCCAGCAUGGCUAAAACCGGUGGUGUUCGAUCGACACCAAAUCCAUCGUUAAUGAAUCCAACAAAAAGCAGUACCAUGAAAAUGGCAACCACAAACAAUAAAGUUGGCCGAGAAAUACGACCGGUCAAAGAACGAAAACAUAGCGCUGCUAGUGCGGCCAACGAGCAUCGAUCUAAUCAUGACUAUGAGGGCGAUGUUAUCGAAUUGGUGCCAGAUAAACGUGUCGAAUCGAAAUUAGAACGAUCGAGCACAUUUUGCAAAGAACGAUCUGACAUUAAUACGAACGAACUUGAAAUAAUUGACUAAAAUCAAUAACACCUUUUUUUGCCUGGCAAAUUGAUAAUGAGUAUGAAAUAUUAUAACAUUUACAGCUAUAGAAAUUUAAUAUCGAAAUGAAAACUGAUGAUAACAAAAAAACAUCCGACGAAUAUUGAUAAUUCCCAUUCAUACCAUGUUAGAGAGAACAUUGUUUAAACAAAAUAAAAUACUUUCGGCCAUAUUUCGUUCAUUUCUACAUAAAUAAAAAAACAGAUUUGCAUAUUUAAUAUAAGCAUUGAAUGCAAUUGAUAUGGCGUGCUAAAAAUGCAUCAGCAAGAGAUUUUAUUAUAACGUUAACAAUAAUAAUAAAUACAGAAACAAAUACUUAAAUCUAUGUAAUUUAAUAAUAAAGGAAGAUGAUGAUGAGUGGAGGAACACUUAAACGAAACGAAUAAAAGGAAUGUGUUGAUAUCGACAAGCUACAAGCCAAGCAAUUUCAACAUAACUAACUCCUUAAUAUUUAUUUAAUUUAAAGUCUAGUCAUUUUUUUCACUUAGCUAGUUUACACAUAUACAAACACUGGAAAUAAUAUUUAUUUAAAACCAAUUGCUAAAAAUAUUAAACCAAAUGCGAUAUUUAUCAUCAUCACAGCACUAUCAAUUUAAUGGAAAUCGAGAAAAAAAGUAACAAAAUUGAUAUAUUAUAUAUUAUUAAAAGAAAGAAAUA